CCGACUAUAAAUAGCCCAGCCAGAGAUUUGUGCUCUCACUCAUACAAUAUUCACAAAAGAGACGGGCAGAAAAGCAGAGUUGAAACAGAGAAGAUGGGUUGCAGGGAGCAGAAAAGGAUGUCACUACGCAGAAAACUUCACAUUCUGCGAACUCAUAUCAACUCCAAAUCUGCCAACAGAAGCUUCUUUACCAAAAGCACCGUUCUGCAAAUAUACAGGCUAAAGGUCAUGCUGGAAACGAUCAAAAGAGAGUAUGCCAACCUCAUAGCAGCAAGAAGAGAAUAUCAAAACUUACUGAGCCAUGUUCAAGAGCACAAGAAUGUGAAAGUAGAGAAGGUAGCAGAAGGAACCUUUGCAGCGAAGGUAACUUGCGAGAAAGGAGGAGACAAGCUGGUCGCUAUCUUAGAGGCGUUUGAGGAGAAGGGUCUCAAUGUGGAGCAAGCCAGGGUUUCAUGCGAUGAUGGUUUUUCUAUAGAAGCCAUUGUAGUAGCAGAAGACCAAGCUCUGGACACCAGAAAUGUUGCUGAAGCGCUUCUUAGAGCAAUCGGAAAGCAGAGCGGCGAAAAUUAGCUCGUGAGGUUCAAGAUCAUUGUAGUCAGAAUCUACAAUUACAGGUUACUGUAUUUCUUCUAUAUGUUGAAACAUCUAAGACCAGUUAAUACCAAUUUCCAGUUCCUCUUC